UAGUGAAUGGUAACUAAACAACACGUGUAGGAAAAUGUGACGUUUGGAUUGAUCUAGGUCAAUACUCCCAUCUCGUUGUGGAUCAGACAGUCGGGUACGCUAGCUGGUGUCUUCGAGGCUGUGGAGAAAGUUUGCAGAAUUUAACAAAGAUUUCCAAUAACUGACCGUCCAGGAUGUCGGCGAGUGAGAAAGUUCCUCUCCUUAAGGAGGACACUGCGAGGGACAGCCAUGUAUAUGUCAAUGUUCCACCAAGGGGGCAGUCUGAGACCCCAAUUGAUGGAUCAUUGGAAGUCAGAGAAAACAAAAUUUACGAGCCCUACAUUGCAAAAAGACGAGAACAGUCCCAUCAUAGGAAAAGCUACAGUGAAGGGGUGGAUCCCAUCCAUCUGUCGUGGGAAAAUGUUAAUGUUUAUGUGAAAUCGGAGAGAAAGAAGUGUUGUGGUGGAGGUUCGGAAGCAGUCAAACAGAAACAGAUAUUACGCAACGUGACAGGAAUGGUGAAGCCGGGGUCACUUCUUGCUAUUAUAGGGGCCAGUGGUGCUGGCAAGUCAACUCUAAUGAAUGUUCUGACAAACAGAAAUGUUGCACAAUAUAUCGUAGAAGGAGGAAUAAAAGUCAACGGUGUGGAUGUUGGGCGGGGCAUCAAGAACAUCUCCGCCUACGUCCAGCAGGAUGAACUCUUCAUUGGCACUCUCACUGUCAAAGAACAUCUCAUAUUCAGGGCCCUACUGAGGAUGGACAGGAGCCUGAAGAAGAAGGCGCGGUUACAGAGAGUGGAGGAGGUGAUUGUAGAGAUGGGCCUGAGCAAGUGUGUGGAUACACAGAUCGGGACGCCAGGCCGGACCAAGGGCAUCUCAGGUGGUGAGAUGAAGAGACUGUCCUUCGCUUCAGAGGCGCUGACCAACCCCCCACUGAUGUUUUGUGAUGAGCCGACAUCGGGGCUCGAUUCUUUCAUGGCCCAGAACAUUGUCCAGACCCUCCAGAACAUGGCGUCCAAGGGCAGAACCAUCCUGUGUACCAUCCAUCAGCCGUCCUCAGAGGUCUUUGCCAUGUUUGACGAGGUUUUACUCCUGGCGGAAGGGAGGACAGCAUUCAUGGGUUCAUCUAAAGAUGCCUUUGACUUCUUCUCAAGCCGGGGCCACCCCUGCCCUCAAAACUACAACCCUGCAGACUUUUAUGUGCUUACAUUGGCCAUUGUGCCAGGCAGAGAACCAGAGUGUCGGGAGAAAGUGGAGCAACUGUGUGAUGCUUUCAAUGGCAGCGAGACCUAUGAGAAGAUGAAGACAAACAUCAAGGAUGUCAACAGCAUCGCUCAGGACCAAACUUCUUCGGUUGUGUUCGAAGAUGCUUUUUCCAAUGGAAAUGACAGGUAUCAGAUUUCGUGGAUACGGCAGUUCGGAACGGUUCUGUGGAGAAGUUGGGUCAGUGUGUUCCGGGACGCCAUCUUGUUCCGUAUCAGGGUCCUUCAGACGUUGCUGAUUGCUGUGGUGCUGGGGCUGAUCUACCUCAAUCAGGUAUACGACCAGGAGGGCGUCAUGAACAUCAACGGUGCUCUCUUCCUCCUCAUCACCAACGCCUCUUUCAGCAGCAUGUUCUCUGUCGUCAAUUCUUUUCCUAAUGAGAUCGCCAUCUUUAUGAGGGAGUAUGGGAGCGGCUUAUAUCGAGUUGAUGUCUACUACUUGGCAAAAACAUUUGCAGAGCUGCCAACCUUUGUGUUCCUGCCCUGGCUGAUGGUGCUAGUCCUCUAUUGGAUGAUAGGGCUGUACAAUGAUGCUGUCACCUUCUUGAUAACUUCUGGAGUUGUUAUACUUGUAGCCAAUGUGGCAGUAUCUUUUGGCUACCUCAUCUCCACAGUAUCGGGCUCCGUGAACAUCGCUCUCGCCAUUGCACCCCCGUUACUCAUCCCCUUCAUGUUGUUUGGUGGACUCUUCCUCAAUAAUGGCUCAGUCCCCGUGUACUUCAUCUGGCUCAAGUACCUCUCAUGGUUCCAAUAUGCAAAUGAGGUCCUGUCUGUCAACCAGUGGGAAAAUGUCGACCAUCUAGAGUGUGGCGGUAACAACGGUACUUUCCCCGGCAACGGCACCGAUGGGCCUCAGCGGUGCUACAAGGAUGGCAAAGAUGUCUUGAACUACCUCAACUUCUCUAAGGACAACGUGGUCCUAGAUCUGGGGCUGAUGUGUGCACUGCUGGUUGGAUUCCGCUUCCUCUCGUUCCUCGUGCUCCUCAUCAAGGCACGGAGGUCAAAGUCUUAGACAGGUGGAGAUUCCACUUGGUGUCGGCGCUGUCGGACAAAUCAUCAUCUAGACACCCACAAAGUCAAACCAAUCACAACUUGUGGUGUCCUUUGUUGUGCAAUUGAAUUCUGUGAUUUCACAGUGGACUUGAGAUACAGGGAAAAUAUAAGUAUUUAGAAAAAUGACUGUCAAAAUGACGAAUGUCAUUUGUUUACCACUGUUAUGUCUUCUUCAAAGAUCAGUCUCUUUAAAAUCAGAUGUGUUACUGCAAUACUAUACCUUCUCAUGCUUUCAACUUCUUGGUAUGACUGAGUGAAGUAUUUAGAAAUAUCUGAUUUCUAUAUAUCGAAAAUGAAUUAAACCGACAAGUACCGAAUUUAGAUAAAUAGGGCAGCAGUAUUA